GUGUUUCCAAAGUGAUGUGAACUCUUCAUGAUUCAUUUUAUUCGUUGAUCAAAAAAACAAACCAAACAACAAGAGAACCAAAAACAAAAACAAAAACAAAAACAAAAUGAAAAAUCCAAAUCAUGGCAUUAGUUAAUCGUUUUGAACAGGAACAUCCUCCAACAGCACUUCUGAUACAAUCAAUUCAGUCUAAUAGUUCCAGUUCAUCAUCGUCAUCUUCGUCAUCAUCAUCAUCAUCAUCUCCUUCGACGUCAACAUCGGCAUCGUCAUCAUUGGAAACAAAUUUAAAUCUAAAUAAUUUAAAUUUUGAUAAAAAACUUUAUCUACUUGGUAAAUUUACUACUUGUACAUGGACAUAUGAUGAGGAUGAUGAAGAAGAUGAUGAUGAUGAAAAUGAAAAUGGUGAUGAACCAACGACAUUAUUUCUUAAUGCAACCACACCAUGUCGUUGUGUUAUGUAUCGUAAUAAUGGAAUGGAACAAUAUUUCCGAUAUAUUGAUGAAAAUGGUAAUCCAAAUGGUAAUAACAACAAUAAUGAUGUUGCUACUAAUGGUGAACCUAAAUUUUUUCAUUUACAAUGUGAUCUUUGUUCACACACAUUAGCUCAACAUUUGCAAUAUUUUCGUUCAUCGAAACCAUCAUUAUUCACCGAUAUAGCCAUAUUGGAUGAUUAUCUUUAUAAAGCAGUUGAUAGUUUUCAGCUAAUGUGUCUUUAUAGCCAAUCAACUUUGUUUCAGAAACGGCCACUAUUCACUAUUUAUAAUCUAAUUAAUGGCUAUCUGUGCAAUUAUGUUGAUGUUGAAUAUAAUUAUCGGCAGCCACCAUUUGAAAAUCCAACUAUUGAACAAUUAUUAAAAUCAAUCGCCAAUGAUAAUAAAAAUAAUGUAAUAAUAAGAAAAUAUUCUGAAAUAUUUCUUCGCCUAUUUGAUCGUUAUAAAUUUCAAUCAAUCGAUAUUGAUCGUACACAGGAACAAUCGGAACAAUUGAAAAUAUUCAAAGAAUUAUUUCUGGUCUUUUGUCUACUGCCACGAACAAUUAAAUCAUUAAAACUAUAUAGGCCAUCAGAAAUAUUUGGCCAAUCACAUCUAUUAUCAAUUAUCGAUUUUCUACGUGAUGAUUUUAAUAAACAAAUUGAAAUUGUUGAUGAAAAUUAUCAUAAAUUUCUUAAUCUAAUCACCUCUGAACAUUCAUUCAUAUCAAAUUCAAAUGAAAAUGAUUCAUCAACUGCAGCUAAUAAUAAUAAUAAUAAUAAUAAUUCGAUAAAUACAACAUCUAUGAAUGAUCGAAGAAGAUCUAAAACAUCACCAAAUUCUACAUUAUCAACAAGAUUACGUCGUCAUAGUUUAGAUCAGAUUCUAUCCGAUGGUAUACGUGUUUGUGAUGUUGAACGUUUAUAUCAACAUCAAAAUGAAAUAUUUGAUCGAUGUUGUUGUGUACAUACAGUUCCGAUCGGAUCGAAUACUGUUGAUUCAGUUAUACAUGAUGAAGAUUUAGUCUAUAUUCGUAUUGAUCCUGCAGCUUCAGUAUUGCCUACUGUUAGCAUAGAAGUUAAACAUUUUAUUCUUGGUAAUGCUGGUGCAUUAAUCAAUGAUCGUUUAAAGCGAAUGGGCACGAUGAAUGUACAUGAUAAAUUAUUUGCUAAAACUGUUACAACAUUAGUAUUGAUACAUCGGCCAACUGGACGCUUAUUAGCAGUGUUAACAUUUGAUUUUCGUUCGAAAGAAAACCUCGGUGAACUGAUAUUUCUUGUUGUUACACCACGAUAUCAACGACGUGGUUACGGUUCAAUGUUAUUAUCAAUAAUGGCUAAAAUGAUUAUACCAGAAUGUUCAGAAUAUGCUGUACAUGCUGAUCUAGGUGCUAUCGAUUUCUAUAAACGUAUUGGUUUUAUUGAAGAAACUAAUACAAAAGAAAUUAUUCGAUUAGAAAAAUUUAUGGGCCAAUAUACUGGUUCAGUAUUGAUGCGUGCAAAUCGUACGAUUAUGAUGCAGAAAUUACGUCCAUUAUCAUUAAAAAUUGAUUUAAUUUCUAUCGAAAAUAUUCAACCAACACGAUCUAAUUGUCCGAUUCAUGUUGGUAUUAGUCAAGCUUUAUCCUCAUCAUCAUCUUCAACAUCAUCAAAUGAUCAAAUGAAUGAAAUUAGUAUGGAAGAAUUGAAAAUAUUUCAUCAUACAAUUUGUGAACAUUUAGCACCAUUAUUAGUUGCAACGCAGAAUGUUCGUGAUUCAUUAGCUCAAUCACGUGAUAGUGCUGAAAAUUUAGUUGUUUAUGAUAAUCUUGUUCUAUUUAAACAAUUAAAUUCUUCAUUAAUGUAUAUCGAUCUAGCGCGUAUAUUAUAUUAUCGUUUUUUAUGGUUCAUAACACACUGCCAAUGGAAAUAUAGACGUGAUUGUAGAUUAACAAUUGCACGUAAAGUCGAAUGCCAUUUAAAACGUUUAUUUGUGUUCAAAUUUGGUUUUGAAGAAAUGUUUUGAUUGAUACACCAAAAUAAAAAAAACUUUAAACUUCAAACAUUUAUUAUUCGUUGUGAUCUCAGUCAAUCAACUGGUCCAAUUUUGUUUUUGAUAUCAUCACCAAAAGGUAAUUUAGAAUUUUUAAAAAAAGAAAAGAAU